AAUGCUUUUCAGCAAGGCUGCGGCGUUUCCAUAACUUUGAAUCGUGUUCGCAAUAUUCACCGUCCUGCGGCUUUCAAGCAGUGGGUUGAACAAACGGCGUUAAGGCUGGAGCAACGCGGCUAGCAGCGGGGAAUCCCGUUAAACCAUCCCAAAUAUUUAUCGUCCAGACGUCGCUGGGAAGAUUUCUGCUGUCCCUCUGAAAUCCGUUUUCGGAGCAAGUGCAGGUUUUGUCACCCACACCGCCGCUACAAAGAGACCCUAAUACCAAUAGACAAAAUGGUUCAGAAUAGAAUUACCGAAAUCACUGGAUUUCACCGUUCCUUCAAGGGUCAAAACCCUUUUGAGUCUGAAUUCUCCAAAACCGGCUCCCAUCUCCUUGAAUCAGCCUUCAGAUUUGACUGCCCCAUGAGACCUGACAUGCCAUCCAGCCAGCCUAUUGACAUCCCAGACGCCAAGAAGCGAAACAAGAAGAAGAAGCGGUGCAGGGCCACCGACAGCUUCUCUGGACGAUUCGAAGAUGUGUACAGGUUACACGAGGAAGUUCUGGGAGAAGGGGCCUAUGCCAGGGUCCAGACCUGCAUUAACCUCAUCACCAACAAAGAAUAUGCUGUUAAGAUCAUCGAGAAGAGGCCGGGGCACAGCCGAAGCCGCGUCUUCAGGGAGGUGGAGAUGCUUUACCAGUGCCAGGGUCACAGAAAUAUUCUGGAACUCGUAGAGUUUUUUGAGGAGGAGGAGAAGUUUUACCUGGUGUUUGAGAAACUCAGGGGAGGUUCUGUCCUGACGCACAUCCAUAAGAGGCGGCAUUUCAGCGAGCAGGAGGCCAGCGUGGUGGUGCAGGAAAUCGCCAGCGCUCUCGACUUCCUGCACAACAAAGGUCAGCAGCUUUCCCUUAGAGCCGCGCUUGAGCCACUCCCUCUCCGAAGGCAUCGGUUUCCCCUUACCGUUUGCUCUUUUUUGGCAGGUAUGGCGCACAGAGACCUCAAGCCCGAGAACAUCUUGUGUGAGCACGGCGACAGGAUCUCGCCUGUGAAGAUCUGUGAUUUUGACCUGGGGAGUGGCAUUAAACUGAACAGCGAUAGCUCGCCCAUCUCCACCCCAGAGCUCCUCACCCCGUGUGGCUCGGCCGAGUACAUGGCCCCAGAGGUGGUGGAGGCGUUCAGCGAGGAGGCCAGCAUGUACGAUAAGCGCUGUGACCUGUGGAGCCUGGGCGUCAUCCUCUACAUCAUGCUGAGCGGGUACCCGCCCUUCGUGGGCCGCUGCGGCAGCAACUGCGGCUGGGAGUGGGGCGAGCCCUGCACCGCCUGCCAGAACAUGCUGUUCGAGAGCAUUCAGGAAGGGAAGUACGAGUUCCCAGAGAAGGACUGGGCCCACAUCUCAUCUGGUGCCAAAGACCUCAUCUCCAAACUGCUAGUGCGGGAUGCCAAAAACCGCCUCAGCGCCUCUCAGGUUCUGGAGCACCCGUGGGUGAAGGGGUGUGCUCCCAACACCCUCUCCACAUCCAACUUACUUCAGAGGAACAGCAGUGCCAAGGACCUGACGUUCUUCGCGGGGCAGGCGGUGGCCAUGAACCGGCAGCUGGCCGAGCGAGAGGUGGAGACGGAGGAGGAGGAGCAGCAGCAGCACCGCCCCCUGGUGGUGACAGCCAGCUCCUGCACCAUGCGCCUCUCCCCGCCUUCCAACUCCAAGCUGGCCAAGCGGAGGCAGAGGAGCAGCCUCCUGAAAGGAGCCCCGGUCUCCGCCUCCGAGCUCCAUCAGCUCCUGGCUCCACUGGUCGUCGUCGGGGACUGUUCAUGAGAGGCCAGCUCCACCUCUCCCCCCCCACCAACCUACAUAGUCUCUCUUACCCCCUCCUUUUUCCAGACUAGAGCUCAGUCUGGCCCCUCUAACCCCCUCCACCAGCCACCAGCAGUCUGCUGUCUUCACGGUUCUUAACCAGCACAUCAGCCUGCACUGAGAAACACUGAAGGGAGGGGCGGGUUAUUUAAUUCUCUUUUCUGCGCUAUUGAAGGCCGGGGGGGGGAAAUGAAUGCGAGCUCAUACACCAAAGGACUACCUGUCGCGCUGCUUCCACGUGUUCUAACUGGAUCCACUGUGAAUUUUAUUUUUAAGGGAGAGGGAGAAAUUGAAUCUCGCAAAACCUUCAGGAACGCUCUCACUUGUACGUACGUGCAUGGACUCCCAUACAGUCACAUACACUCUUAUGCAAUCACUAGGAUGAAGGAGUACCUUUUUGGCCUUGAUUCAGCAGGGAAUUUUGGGUGGCUGGCUGGCCGGCAAUGUCACCUACCCGUGCCAUUGUGUUGCUGGGAUCUUCUGAGUGCGCAGAUUCCUACGGCUAAAUUCCUUACCCAGAAUUGGCAGUUGACUUUCUGGGGUUUUAUUUAUAUUAUUGAAAUUUUAGUCUGUGUUUUUGAACGGCCCAGGCUGUUUUUAUGUGCAACGAAAGUCAUAUUGAAUGUUUCCAGAAGUUUCUGACCAAAUUGGCUGCUGGUGUAAAGCUGGUAUCGGGCCAUUCUGGUCUAAAGCGGGGAAAAAAACAGUUUGUGCAGCAUUUUCCCAGAAGUGAACAUAUUCAUUUUGUUAGCUUUUAUUCAAAUAUGAAUGUAAAUUAUGAAUUUUUUAAUCAUGGCAGUUGCAUGUUGCAUGCCCCCAGGGAAAAUUUCUUAAGAAGUAAGAUCAUUUCUGAAGAAUAAUUGAAUAAUAUCAUCUUUAUAUAUUACCCGAUUAUUUCUUAGUUCUUCAGAAUUCCCCCAAAAGCUUUUGCAAUUUCACUAGGUCAGAAACCUCUUUAAAUAUCUGAUAUCCUGUAUGGACACAAGGAACUGCCUGCACCUAUCAAAACCAAACACUAAAACAACAACAAUAAUAAUAAUAAAAUAAUAAUAAUAAUAAUAAUAAUAAUAAUAAUGGAACAUCCCAUAGUAAACUAUCCAAAGAGUGAAAUAACGUUAUGCUUUUCUUCCAACGGAGAAAGGCCGCAACAGAAAAUGGGACAUGAAGUGAAUUAAAGCAUUAACUCGAGCCUGCUUUCCCGAGUCUUCAUAGGCUAUUGACAGCCCUGGCCGUCUGUUUACAGAAGACUCGAUGCGCAAGCUCGACGCCUAGGAAGCCAUUGCGCUGACCCCAGCGCUCCCCCUCAGAACACCCCAGCAGCGGUCAAGCCUCGACACAAGCACAUUUUCACACAAACUGCAUUUUUUCCGCUCUCGAAAACUUGAGCGAAUUCUCGGCGCACCGGGUAUACGGCUCCCAGGAAAAGAGUGUUGGAACCGGCGAGUCUUUCCUGUGAUAGAACUCAUCGUUCGUUUCGUUUUGCCGCGGACGCUUCUGCAGGCAAUGUAAGACCUGCGAGCCAUUUGAACACAUCCUAGGGUAUUGAGUCGAAAGACGAUGUGUUGUGUCUCCCCCCCCCCCCCCCCCCAUAUAGCUGGAAAUGAGACGGGGAAAAAAAGGCAAUCGCAAACUAUUUAUUUAAAGCUACUGUAUUGCCGAUGCAGUCCAUGACUUUGGGAUGGUUUAUCCGUCAUGGCAGUGCUUGUCGAUAGCGCACAAAGAAAGGCCAGCAUAUUCUGCUGAAUGUCUGAAAUUUGUCUUAAGUGUUCAUGAGCCCCAGAUGUAAAAUUCAGCCGGGAGACGGGGGGCUCUUGUUUUAAUUUACAUCUUUCUGCAGCUUGUAAGCAGUGCACUGAACAGUGUUAUGGAAAAGAAAGCUCUGAUCGGACAAUUGAAUUGUCCUAUCAGAGCUCUUGUUUCUUAGGAAGAGCACAUUAUUCUUAAGUGAGGGGGUGUUUCACAGGCCCCGUUUGCCUGUUAUCCAGGACCAAAUUGCAUUUGGACCAAGUCGUGGGCCAAGAAUUGUUUUUAGUUUUAGAUCGGGGCUGAUUUCAGUGAAAUAACCCCCUGAGCGCCCCCCCCCCCCAAACGUACGCACAGCUCUAUAGCGAAGUCUAAAAAGGGUCUGAUUGGUCGAAUUUUGGAGAAUUCCUGCAUUAAGGAAACUAAAUUCUCAGACCGAAAAAUAACUAGGGUAUUGGCAGCAAGAGAAAAAUGUAUAGAAAUUGCAUUCCAGGAAAGACUCCAAGGAAGAUAAUUGGAUGACUACAAAAGCUUUUUCUUUUGUUUGUAAGAGAAAUGUUUACCUUUAUAUUGUCUGUGGUUAACUCCAAGUCGAAUUCAAACUGUGCCACACUGCUGGGUUUUUUUUUUUUUUUUUUUGGUUGUUUAUUAAGCUUUUUAUUUUUUACUUUUAUUCUGAAGCCAAUGCUAUUGUGUAAUUGUUCGGGUGGAAGACCGGAUGUUAUUUUCCUUUUUUUUUUUUUAAAGUUGUUGGUUUUAAAUGGUUCAUGUUGUUGAACUGCAUUAUGGGGCUGUGAAGCAUUGCUUAGUUUGUGAGACAGGCAGAGAAAGAAAUUUAAACUUUAUAUAUAAAAACGCCCAAAAAAAAAAUCUACAAAAAAAAACGUUAACGCUAAAAUCUCAAAGGCAAAUCGUUGGUUUUACUAUGAUUUUAAGUGGAAGAAUGUGGGCAGUUAUCUUUGGACAACAGUUUUCUUGUUUCAAUGCGACACCACAGAGCAUUCAAGUUAGUCAUAUUUGGGAUCAUAUUUUUGGUCAUCAUGAAAUCCUUUGUGGUUGUGGCUCAAGUGUCUUUCGGGCUCACUGAGGAGUUAAAAUAUUUUCCCAAGCACACUAUUCUGACUAGCGGUGGCAUCACCGGUGUUUAGGGGUGGAGCAUGAAAUGAAGAUGCUGCCCUUUCUUGUGUUGAAAAGGAGCGGUAGGAUGCCAAUUGCUUACUUUUUUUGCAACCUUUAUACAGGUGCAUCUUUGAGUUGUUUAUGUCUUAUAGUAAGACUUUUCUGAAGUACAUAUGCGCACGCGUUUCCUCGUUUUCCGGAAACUACCUUGUAAGCGAACUAAAAUCCAGGCGGCCCCAAAAUCAGACGGAAAAAAAGCACAAGCUGGGUUAUUUGGUCUUUGGUUGUUUUUAGUUAAAAAUGAUUAUUUUUGUAGUCACAAAUUUAAUAUUAACACCCCCAGUCACUUACAAGGGAGUACUUUGGUGUUUAUUUUAUGAUAAACUAUAGAGGCUCCCCCUGCUGUACUUUAAUUUAUUUUGGUCCAAAUCAUUUGCUGAAGCAGGGAUAUAACUGGUGAGGAAGGCUGUAUUAAUAGGUGACGGACUAUAUUGUAUUUCCUUAUAUGUAGCUGGGCUCAGUUAAAGCGAAUGAUUUAGCAGAAUGUAAAAUGCAGGGGAAUUUAUAAGUGUGGCAGCCCUUUUGCAGGGCAGGGUUUUAGUUGGUCACCCCAAAUAAAGAACUGUGCCCCUCUCACCUUGUGCAGAUCAGCUGGGAUUUCAACUGAAAUAUUUCAUAGCUUUUCAAACCUUUCUAUAACUAUGAUCAAAUCUGGACAGAGAAUGUUUUUUUUGUUUUUUUUCUUUUAAUGUGAUGCCUGUCUGUAUUUCCCUAUUGUCUGAGGCUUGCCCUUCUUCAGAUGUGAAAUGCCCCCCUUUUGUGUCUAGCUCUGUUGCUAUAUCCCCACUACCUCUACACCCCCAAUUUCCAACGGCAUCCAUUAUGCAGAAAUUGGUGAAGGAAAUGUAACUUAUAAUGCCUAACUCACAGCGAUUCAACAAGCACUUUACUGUACCGCGUGACUGACGGCAGGUCACUCCAAGCUAAAUUUCUUAAGACCGCUGUUGCCAGAAUUUUGUAUUGUAUUUUUCUGAGACUUUAAAUAAAAAAGGCUUUGAACCACCA